AUGGCAACUCUCAGGGGCACCACUCAGGACUAUGCAACUGCCAUCCAGCCCUCUGAAAAUGAUGGCGUUUUUGGUGUAAGCUCUGAACUCCUCAGGGAAUCACCUAUCAAGAAUACCAACUCCUCCAACGCCGCACUGACUGGUCCCCUAGUCUGGUCCGGAGCAGACUAUCAGGGGGACCAAGCUUACACUCUCCGUCUUAGCGGCGAGGAAGCUAAAGAAGUCGACAGAGCCCUCGCUAGUUUCAAAACUCUUGGGCUCGACGGCGACGAAGUCUCCCCUGACAACUUCCCUCUCCCAAACCUGUCUCGUCGUUUGUGUGCGAGCGCCGAGACUCUUCAUCUCGGAAGAGGCUUUGUUGUCAUUCGUGGCAUCGAUGGCCAGAAAUACUCUGUUGAAGAUAGUGUUACUAUCUUCUUGGGUGUAGCUGGCUACAUUGCUGACAAACGCGGGCUCCAAGACCGCAAGGGUAACAUGCUAUCUCACGUAACCGACUCGAAGCAAUGGAAGACUCCUGCCGACGCGCGUCAUGGUAUUCAUACCAAUGGAUCUCUGCCUUUCCACACUGACAUGGGAUGUGAAAUCCUAUCCCUUCAAGUUCGAGACAGCGCCAACAAGGGAGGAUAUACCUAUCUCAGUUCAGCCUGGACUGUCUUCAACGACCUGCUCAACCGCGAGCCGGAAGUCAUCAAGACACUCCUGACUCCCGACUGGCCUGUUCAGCUAUCGGGACGUAAGGCUUCAUACUAUCUCGCUCCUGUCUUGACAUUCCACGAUGGCAAACUCCUCGCGAGCCUCGACCCGCAUCGCCUCGGGCCGCACCCGAGCAUGACGAACUCGAACAUUCCCUCUCUCUCAGAGGCUCAAAUACAUGCCCUUGAAGCUGUCUCAGAGGCUGCCUCUCGCGUUGAGUUGCAGCUAAAGCUUGAGACUGGAGAUCUCCUGUUCUUCAACAACCUCGCCCUCGUCCACCGCCGAGACGCCUACACUGACGACGAUAACUCGUCUCGUCACAUGGUUAGACUCUGGCUUCGUAACCAGAAAUACGGAUGGGCAAUUCCCACGGGCAUGCUCCCUCCUUGGGAGGCUGCCUAUGGGGAGAACCGCAAGAUCAAGGCUAGGCACUACCCUAUUGUGCCUAUGGUGGAAUACCCUGUGCAGAAGUACAAUACCAGCUCUGCAGCCUUUAUGAUCGAGGACUCUGAGACUUCAGAUGAGGAGUAAUGAUUCUCAGACAACUACAUGCUUUUUGAUUUUGUCUCUGCUCUGAGACUCCCAGUCAUUUCCGAGUCAUAUCAUGUUUUGGUUUAUCAAGAGUUUUGAGAGUCUAUUUACUGCCAUUUACUUAGGAAUAGCCUACUAUAGGUCACUAUGCAAGAACAUAUACUAGCUAUUAGUCGCUCAUUGGAGAAUACAACCAACAGCCAACAGCCAGCAUCCUGCAAUACUGUUAUCUCGAGAGAUCUUGUCACGUGUCGGUGUCAUGUGAGAAUUGGAGAUAAAAACCCUCUGUUGGUUGUUCCCGUUC